AUGUCCACCGUCGCCCGCUCUAUCCGUCCCUUUGCUUCCCGGGCCCUUGCCCAGAAGCCUUUUGCUUCUACCUGCCGCGCUGCGCCUGCUUUCCGCUUCCCGCGGGGAACCCGGAGCUUCUCGCAGAGCCCUCUUGCCCAGGUGAAGAAGUACACCGAAUCGCACGAGUGGAUUGAGCUGGCCGAGGGCACCAACACUGCCAAGAUCGGUAUCACCAAGUACGCCGCCAACUCCCUCGGUGACGUUGUCUUCGUCGAGCUCCCCGAGGCCGACCUUGAGAUCAGCGCCGGCGAGCCCGUCGGUGCCGUUGAGUCCGUCAAGUCCGCUUCGGACGUCCUCUCCCCGGUGGCCGGCAAAGUCAUCCGCGGCAACGCCGUUCUGGAGGACAACGCUAAGACCAUCAACGCUAGCCCCGAGGGUGAGGGCUGGAUUGCCGAGAUUGAGGUUUCCGACGCCGCUGAGCUCGAGGCUUUGAUGGACGAGGCCGCCUACAAUGAGACCAUCGAUCACUAG